AAAAAAUAAUGGAGAACGCGGAUGUCUUUCUUGAGUAUUUUUCUGAUUCGAGCGAUGAAGAAAAUCAUUUCGCGGAACAAAUAUUGAUAUACGCAUAUGGAACGACAAAUUCAAUCACCCGAAGAAGCCGAGGUGGUUCCCAACCUGGAAAACGACCGAAUAUUGACCGACGAGCAGAGGAAGGUGCCAUUCGAUUGUUCAAAGAUUACUUUUCGGAAACACCUAUAUAUACGGAUGAACAAUUUCGUCGACGUUAUCGGAUGCAUCGAAAAUUGUUUUUGAAAAUUAAAACGAAGAUUGAAACAAACGAAUACUUUAUUCAAAAACCAGACGCAACUGGAAAAUUGGGACUGACAUGCAUCCAGAAAUGCACGGCUGCUAUUCGUCAGUUAGCAUAUGGAUCACCGUCGGAUGCAAUGGACGAAUACGUUCGAAUCGGCGAAUCUACAGCUCGAAAGUGUUUGAUGGAAUUUUGUCGCACGGUUGACACAAUAUUUAGCGAUGAAUUCCUACGCUCACCCACGCGUUCAGAUUUGAAGCGUCUACUUAAAGUCGGAAAUGAGCGAGGUUUUCCGGGUAUGCUGGGAUCGUUAGAUUGCUGCCAUUGGCAGUGGAAGAACUGUCCUACUGCUUGGGCAGGGCAGUAUAAAGGUAAAGAGAAGAAACCUACUAUUGUUCUUGAAGUGGUUGCAUCGUACGACUUAUGGAUAUGGCAUGCAUUCUUUGGUAUGCCAGGAUCAAACAAUGAUAUUACUGUACUGCAUAGGUCCCCUCUAUUUUCAAACCUAUAUAGCGGCAAAACACCAUCAGUGAAGUAUGAGGUUAAUGGUCACACUUACAAUACCGGGUACUAUUUAGCAGACGGAAUAUAUCCUCCACUUGCCACACUUGUGCAAACUAUAGCGUCGCCCGUUGGCCAAAAGCGCAAGUACUUCGCAGAAAGGCAAGAGUCUACUAGAAAAGAUGUGGAACGCGCCUUCGGUGUGUUGAUGGCACGGUUUGCCAUUAUAAAAAAUCCGGCUAGGUUGUGGAAUAAAGAGGAUUUGAAAUCUAUUAUGCGCACCUGUAUAAUUCUUCAUAACAUGAUCAUUGAAGAUGAACGGGAAGAUUUAACGUCAUACGAUAUAGAGGAAAGCAAUGUUCAUGAAGUAGUGAGACCAGUUGAUGAUUUUACAGCGUUUCUGGGUCGAUACAGAGAAGUACAUAACACCAGCCUUCAUCAUCAACUACAGAAUGACCUGAUUGAGCAUCUUUGGAAUAUGAAAGGGGAUGAAGAGUAG